CACAUCCAUGGCUUCCAUAGCCUUUCCAAGCCGAGCCAGCACAAUACAGAAUUCAGAGGCAGCACCUGCAGAACCUCCUGGAGCCUGGCCUCCCAUGGCCACACCAGAGGCAGCCUCACAGGCUCUGAGGCAGAUAAUGAGGCUUCCUCCUGCAAGUACCCCCGGCAUGGUGGAGGGAAUGCCGGCCGGCCUGCUCAGUCCAUGCAUGAGGGAGUCAGUUCUUUCCUGCCAGGAAAAGCACUCAUGGGCCUAUCGGACAGCAUUGUUUCUGAGGACAGCUGUGUGCCCAUGAACCCAGGCUUCCCUACCCUGGUGGCUGUGGAGCAGGCACGCAGUGAUGAUUCUCAGGGUGUCUGCACCGCUGUGGGCUCAUGUCCUGCUUGCUUUGACCUGCUUGGCUUCCCACUCACGGAGCUUUCUGUGCACCAAGACCUCAGCCAGGGACAUGAGGUCCAGCUGCCCCCUGUCAACCGCAGCCUCAAGCCUAACCGGAAAGCAAAUCCAACACCGUCCAACCUGAGAAACAACAGGGUCAUCAGUGAGCCCUCCUUCAAGCCACCUGUCACAGAGCCCUGGUCUGGGACCAGCGACACCUUUUACUCAGCUCUACAAUACCCCAUCUCCAUGCAGAGCAUCACAGCAUACUCAGAAGACAGUGGAGAGAGAGAUUUUCUUGCAGAGCCUGCGGCAUCUGCAUUUCCUGUUUCGGUGGCACCAGCAGUUCAGCCCUGCCAAGGAGCACUGGUACCAUCCACUGUGGCCCUGGACUUCCAGCCGAGCAAGUCAUCCCUUAGGCUCCUGUAUCCCCGUCCAGUGAGAAGGUGGGUAUGUCAGGUGGAUCUGGAAGACCUGGGCCCUGCAGAAGACCAUGCAUGAACAGAUGUGCCUGCGGCAGUCAUCCGACCUCAAGGGUGCCCAAGCUGUGACUUGGGCCACUGAGCCAGAGCCCAGGACCAGGACAGUGCUUCAGGCUGCUCCUCCACCUCUACAGCUCUGUGGUAUCAGGGACAGCAUCCCUUAUCCAGAGAGCAGAGGCCUGAUCCAGACACAUCUCUGCUGCCCUCCAGGCCCACGUCUGCGCUGGCUGGCUGUCCCCACCUUCACCCCUUGCUAGGAAGCGGUUGCCAGCAAGCAUCCUCCCAGUCUCUUCCUGCUCCUCAGACCCGGGCUCCCAACAGAUUUCACACUCACGCUUGUCACGGUCCUCAGCCUCUUCCUCUAGCCUUUGGGCUGUUCCCUCAAUCCUGGAACAUGAGAGCUACCCUGCUGACCCCUGGGACCCAGGCCCGCAGGCCACAGUGGACAUGGACCUUUUCCAGCCCUGGCAUUUUUUUGGUCAGGAGAGGCAAGGCCAUGGACGUUGGGAUAGUUGAGAGGAAGGUUAAGGUGGUCUUGAGGAAGCAAAGGAAUUAGAUCCUUAGACCCAGCAAGGCAGCUCUUAUGCAGGUCUCCCACUUUCAGACUGAGGCCAGAGUAUGGCAGCUGCUCGGAGUGGGAGGCAGAGAGGGGAAGGCAAAGGAAGGGAAAACAU